GUCGUGGUAUCGCUUAACACCUUCAAUCAUAACAACACAGAAUAAGCACCUGUAGCAUGCAGUAUCCUGUAACACGUGCGUUCAUAUGCUUGCGGAACAGGCGCACUUCGUUGCUACAAAUCAACAAGCGUGAUCCAUCCAUCAUUUCGCGGUUACUACGAUACAACCAAAGCUAGUUUAAACGAAGUAAACAACCUUGACAAAAGAAGAUAAAAUUUUCUUCAGAUUUGUCUGUGGGUUCAUGUCGGUUUAGUGGAUGAAAAUAGUGAGCUUCAUUUUAGACUAUUAAGAUUUAAAAACCUUAAAAAAGAUGGACAUCGAAUACGCAUAUCAGAAGGAACGUCGAGAGUUUGGUCGGCAGUGUCUGUUUUCCGAUAAAAACAAGGUCGAGUUCUCGGAAGCAGCCAAUCAUGAGUUCUUCAAAGAGUAUAUCCUCCGGGAUCCAGUUGACAUCGGAACACAAUAUAGCCACCAGAUGGCGUUGAGCGAAAUCAAUACUGAAAGCGCUGAAUAUGAAAAUCGAGGAAUAUUGCAUUCGGAGGGCGGUUGGCCCAAGGAUGUUAACUACUUGGAUCCUGAACAGACGGUUAGAUAUCGCCGGAAGAUUGAGAAGGACGAGAAUUAUGUUAGUCAGCUGACCUCUAUGAUGAGACCGAUGGAGCAUUGUAUCUACCAGAACAAUGCGGUUAAUAUUUACGAGAACUAUUUCGAGGGAUUGGAUCCCGCCCCGUUGAUGGAGAAAAGUAGUUCAAGAACACUGAACGUUUACAGAGAUCCGUCUAUUUACAAACAGCCUGUAACCCAUCUGUCUUGGUCGCCUGAUGGCGGGUCAAAAAUUGCUGUGUCUCAUUGUAAUAUGGGCUUCCAAGAAACAUCGGGUAAAGCCGUUUGUUCCUAUAUCUGGGAGAUAGAGAAUCCGAACGCACCGUUGUUGAGAUUCAUUCCUCAUAGCUCGAUGAUCUGCUUUGAAUACAAUCAAAAGGACCCCACCACGCUGGUAAGUGGAAUGUACAAUGGCCAAGUAGCCGCAUGGGACACAAGAAACGAGAAGUCUCCCGUGAUGAUAAGCGAACGAGAGCACUCUCAUAGGACAUCGGUCAACUCAACCUUAUGGAUCAACUCCAAGAGUGGAACGGAAUUCUUCUCCGGAUCGUCAGAUAGCCAGGUCAUGUGGUGGGACACUCGAAAACUGUCGCAACCCAUCGAUACGCUACUGAUGGAUCCGAUAAAAUCAGAUGACCAGGAUUUGUCACGCUCGUACGGAGUCAGUUGCUUGGAGUAUGAGACAUCGAUUCCAACUAGAUUCAUGUGUGGUACAGAACAGGGAAUGCUGUUUUCCUGUAACCGCAAAGGCAAAUCUCCACAAGAGAAAAUUGUGUACAGGCUGCCUUGUCACACAGGACCAAUCUAUUCGCUUACCCGCAACCCAGCGUUCGUUAAAAACUUUCUUACAGUUGGUGAUUGGAUUGCUCGCAUUUGGUCCGAGGAUUGCCGAGAAAGUUCCAUAAUCUGGACGAAGCAUCACUCGGUAAUGCUAACAGAUGGCGUUUGGAAUCCCACACGCUACUCUAUUUUCUACGUUAGCCGUGUGGAUGGGGUAUUGGACGCCUGGGACCUUCUGCAGCAGCAGAGCGAUCCAAUUCUCAGCAUUAAAGUUUGUGACGAGAGCUUGAAGUGUUUGCGUGCCCACGAGGGUGGAUAUUUGGUUGGUGCCGGAAGCAACAAAGGGGCUACCUUCCUGUUGGAAAUGUCCGACAAUAUGACGUCCAUCAGAAAUGAUAAACCAUUGUUGACGGCGAUGCUGGAACGUGAAAAUAGGCGCGAAAAAAUAUUGGAAGCGAAAUCACGCGAAAUGAAGCUUAAAGUUCGGAGCUUGCAUCGUCAGGAGGAUAAUGUGGAAGAAAAACCUAAAUUGUUUCAAUGCAAAUCCGCAUGUGACGCCGCGGAACAAGAGUUCCUUCAAAUGCUGGAGAAAGAAAGAAAAGCACGAGCCCCGGAGGAGUAUGAUCAAGAAUAUGAUCCACGAAAAAUCGCAAAACAAGAAGAAAUGGAAAAUGGGCAAUCCGAGGAAGAACUUCUUGAAUGAAUGAAUCAAUCAUUUUUUACUGCACUAUUUUAUAAUAACGAUGGAAUGCUUCUGAAGAUCAAUAAUAGCUGCAAGCAGGUUACAAUGAUAUUUAAUUGUUUUUAAUGUAACAUUCAAUACGUAUUUUAAAUUAUUCAUUAUAUUUAUAUUUAAUUAUAAAUCAUGUGCAUAAAAUACAUAAAUCUGGAGUGAAAUAAAAUA